CUGAAGGUCUGGUUCCAGAACAGAAGAAUGAAGGAUAAGCGACAGAGACACUCCGUGCAGUGGCCUAACCCGCUCAUAGACCCCCUCGGGGCAUUUAUGAUGGGCCAUGCCUCCCCAUCCUCCAGCCUGUGUUACCCCUUCAUCCCAUUUCCCCUUCCCUACCUCCCAGUGUACCAGCAUUUCUCUCUGGACAUCAGCUCCCCGCUGUCCUCAGUCCACAGCCCCCACAGUGCUAUGAUGAGGCAGAUGCACCCGGCUCACCUGUCCCAGUGUCACAACCGGCCUGGGGGGGGCCCCCUGCAGCCCUCCGCCGGCCUUGUGCCUCACCCCUCCUCAUGCCACUGCUUCCUGUGCGUGCACAGAGGACAGGAUCAGCUCUGCAAGGCCAGGGGAGAGGCGCCAGGGCUGAGCCACUCCACCAGUCCCAAAGCCGGACAUCAGCCCACCUCUGUGGAGCAAAGGGAAGAAAUGGUGGGACAAUUAAGCAUCCACGGACCCUCUGUAAGCCUCCACAAACCGGUUCCAGCCAUGUAUGCUUGCUCAAAGUUCAUCACCUCUCCAGCUGUGCUGCGUGGGGGGUCCAGAGUCCUCUUCCGGCCAGUCUCCAGCUCCCUCUUCAGCAGACCCGAAGCCUCAGUGGAGCAGCAGGCUCUGCCAGUGAGUCGCUCUACAGGCCCCAGCCGCUUCAUCCAGACCAGCGCGGUCAGCCGGGACAUUGACACUGCAGCCAAAUUCAUCGGUGCUGGCGCUGCCACGGUGGGCGUCGCUGGUUCAGGGGCCGGAAUUGGGACGGUGUUUGGCAGCCUCAUCAUUGGCUAUGCCAGGAACCCCUCCCUGAAGCAGCAGCUGUUCUCCUACGCCAUCCUGGGCUUCGCUCUGUCUGAGGCUAUGGGUCUCUUCUGUCUGAUGGUGGCAUUCCUUAUUCUGUUUGCCAUGUAAACACAA